AUGAGUAACCAGCAACAUGAGCACAUCAUUAAGGUCUUGGAAAAGGUGCUCGGCGUACUUGAAAAGGCUGACUCGCCCACGCGGUCCAAGAGGAAGAAGGAGGAACCGCUUGAGGAGCAUCAGCGCUUUAGCAUGGAUGUUCUUGACAACAUGUUUAACCUUCUGCAGCUCCAGAAAUCUGGGAAUGCUCCAAACGAGGUAGGAACAGCUGAAUCUGAGGAACAGCAACCAGAGUCGGAGGCAUCCGGGUCUGAGUCUGAAUCCGAGGCCGAGGGCAAGUCGCAACCAGGUCGAAGCAAGCGCAAACCGGCCAAGAAGAAGGGCAAGGGCGGCAAGAAAGGAAAAAAGGCACACAAGUCCAAAGCCGUGUUUAAGAAGACGAAACCCUCAGCCAAAACCGCUGUCGCCGGUAGCGAAUGGGUUGAUCGCUUCCAUAUUACCGACGCCUUCGACGAGGACGAGGACGGCCUGGAUUACUACAUGCUAAUCUACUGCUUCUUCGAGGAUUUCAACGCCAUUCGCAACCACGUCUGCGAGCGCUGGUGCGACUACUUCUACGACAAGUCCGUCUCCCUCGACACCCUCGCGAUCAUCACAAACGCCGCCGCAGAGCUCUUCCGAGACAUGGAGAAAGAGCUACUACGCCUACUAGGCGAGAACGGUCUGCAAGACCUCCAGUCUUACGACGCCAUGAUGAAGCUGCUCUUCUUUGAGUAUGGCAUGGAGCAUGUCGACUAUGACGAGGAUGCUGAGAACAAAGAGGAGUUGCAUGAGCAUAUCUGGCGCAACGAGGCUGAUUGGCUGGGCUGGUCUGCCUACGUUGCUGUCGAGGAUAUUCUUGCGCAGUCGUCACCGGGGAAGGUGUCCUUGUUUCCGCCGUCGGCGAAGAAACGGCCCAAAUACGGGCCCAUUACUGCAUAUGAAUUCUCUCAGUUCAACAAGGCUUGCGUGUUCGACCUGUUCCCUGAAGUCGCGGAGGCCAAGGCUCUCAAGAAGAACCAGCAGGAGCCUCCUGUCAUUCCCGGCCAACCCGAGCUCGAGCUCGACUUUGAGCAGGUCCUCCUGAUGCGUUACUACCCAUCAUGCUUCAUCUUCUCUCUACAGUUGUACCUAGACCUUAGGAACAUUUUGGACGACCAGGUGAAAGACGCCCGCCAGCAGCUCCAGGCCACCGCAAGGGCGGCCAUCGAGAACAUGAAAAAGUCCAUCAAAUCGUGUGACGAGGUCUGGGAUUCGGAGUGGAGGGAGAUGGCCGAGCAUCAUAUUAGAACCAUCCAACACUUUGCGUUGAGAGACUUUACCUACGAGGAUAAGACACUAAGGGCAACGAACAUGGGCGUAACCGAGAAGCUUACAAAGUUCGAUUUAUUCGACUCCGAGCCUGUCUGGCCUGGUCUGAUGAACUUUCGCACAAAGGUCGACAUGGCUGCGCUGAGCAUACGCUUGCUCACCCGCACGCCAGCUCCUCUGUGGACGGGAAUUCUGUACCACAUUGCCAGACGGGACUACCCCGAUAUCCCUGCCUGGACAGAGAUGGACAAGUUCCUAGACGUGCAUGGCACCGAGCUUCUCGGCUUCCCUGUCACUGAGGAUCUCAAGGCGGCCGGCGUCUUGGUCAAGUAUUCUAGCACAAUGUCGGACGGUAAGCGUUACCAUCUCUGGAUGGAGCUGCUCGAGAAGGUUGGCCGCAUCACGGACUUCUGGAUCCGAUACGGCGAACGAUCAUACAACUGGCGAAGGCGACAGGACAUGAGCUAUAUCUCCGACAUCGUUCGCGGUCAUUUCGGUCUACCGCCCAACUCAAAGCAUGACCCUUUCGGCAUGUCGCGGGAGAAGACACCCCUCAAAUUGGAGUCGUCCUGCAACGAUCAAAAGACGCAGGAGAUGGUCAGCCGGGUCUAG